GGUCAAAUAUGAAGCUUACAGUUGAUAGAUGUAAACAAUGCAAAUGUGUUUUUGUGGAAAUCAGUAGAAUGAUAAACAUUAUUUUUUCUCUGUUAGGAGUUGGAUUGCUUUGGGGCGCAACUAAUCCUUUCAUACGUCGUGGUAGCGCAGGUAUUGACACAAUCGAUACCGGUUCAAGAUGGCACAAUCUUUGGGCGGAGCUUUGUAUGAUAGGAUCAAGACUGAAUUACUGGAUUCCUUUUAUAUUAAAUCAAUUAGGCAGUGUGCUUUAUGUGUGGACACUGCAACGUACUAAUAUAACUCUAGCUGUGCCAAUUGCAAAUUCGCUAAGCUUCGCGUUUACUGCUGUGACAGGUUAUUGCUUAGGAGAAAGAUUACCCGGAAAAUCGGUUCUAAUUGGCACGUUAAUGGUGUGUUUUGGAACUACAUUGAUGUUGUAUGACAAAGUGCGUAGUGAAGGAAAAGCUUAAAGAUCAUAUUGUUACUGAUAGACAUAUUAAUAAAAGCAUUUGUUUAUACUGUAGCAGUUUAACAA